AUGAACAACUCCUCGCGUCUUCUCCGCGCACGUCCUGCGCCGGCAUCGCCAUUCAGCACUACCAAUGCGGCCACAUCGGUGCCUACUGCGGCGGAUGUCGAGAAGGCGCAUGAGGCAAUCUUAGCUAUCCUCAACAGGGAAUCUGUGCCUUCAGAAGAUACCCUUUUAGAGGUCCUCGGCGUUGCGGAGAGAGCAGCCAGGUACUUGGCUGCUCAGGAUGGCCAACAACAGCGACCAGUUGGUUCUGGGAAACCAUCAACAGCAAACUCGGUAUUGCUGGAUCUGGAGCCGCAUUCGGCUGAUAGCUCCGAUCCAGUUGAGACGCUGUCGACAUUGCUGUACAAGCUGAUGAAAUAUCCACCUGUUUUCAUUUCUCCUAAGGUCUUGGAUGGCUAUAUCACGACCCAGUCCCUUCUCGAGCAGCCUGAAAGCUUCCCGGAAGUUCUGCACUUGUAUGCAAAUAAGCCCGUCGCAACGUCGAAUACGACGCCCGUCAAAUACAACAAGCCGAGCCCGAACAGCGCCGCAGCUGCCGUGCCGUCCGAUGUCGCAAACCGCGCACUUGACGCUGCAAUCAAAAUCAAGGACUUGCACCUGGCGCUGUCCAUUGUUGAGCUUACCUUUCGGCAGCCUGCUUACCGUCGUGCACUCAUAAUCCGGAAGAUUAUGCCACCACUCAUGGGUCUUGCUCUUGCCCCCGGAGCUGCUUACGUCUUGGCUUCCAAAUUUGCGCACUACCAGCAGGUAGUAAACCCGCAGUCGGCUACGCAAAUGGCCAUGGUUGGCAUAAUGACAUAUGUGGGGGCGGUGUCUACGAUUGGUGUCGUGGCUGUCACUACGGCAAACGACCAAAUGGACAGAAUUUCUUGGGCAAUGGGGAUGGCGUUGUCAGAGAGAUAUCUGAGAGAGGAGGAGCGAGCGGCUGUGGAUAGAGUCGCGCAAGCGUGGGGCUUCAAGGAUCCCAACAGGAAGGGCGAAGAGGAAGGUGAGGAGUGGGAAGAGUUGAGGGAAUGGGCAGGCUUGAGAGGAAUGGUGCUGGACAAGGUGGAGCUCAUGGAGGGCAUGCAGUAG